AUGGAAGCACCCAUUCAGCUCACAGAAUUUUCAGUGAAUAAAAGUCUUUUAGUGAAGCAUAGAUGGAUUGCGAAAGGAAGAUGCAUUUCCUCAGAAUCAAACUUAAAAUCUGCUUCCACGGAGGCAGAUCAGGAAUUAAACAUUUACCACCAAACCCCGGGGGACACCUUGACUGUUGAUAUUGGUCCUAAAGACUUUGCAAAACUCAAAGCCAUGUUGGAAAAAGACAGGAGGGACCGUAGUCCAGCCCAUAAUCCAGAGUCCAUCACUGAGUGUAUAUGGCAGGAGAUGAAAACAGACAACAAUAAACUCCUGCAGUUAUGUCGCCUAACCAUGAAUCAAUUUUGUUUAGUGGUGCUGACAGCGAUGGCAGGAUAUGCCAUGGCACCAGCUGCAUUUGAUCCCAUUGGUUUUACAAUGGUUACCAUAGGAACUGGUCUAACAUCUGCUUCAGCAAAUGCCAUUAAUCAGGGUGUCAUCACAUGA